AUGGCAAAAGGCGCAACCGCAGUUAAGAAACCUGGUCUUUCGUCCCUAGCCAAAAUAUUGUUUACAAGAGCAAAGAAGCUCAUGACUAAAGAGUAUCGGGGAUGUACGGCAUUCGACAAGGAAGAAGCCGAGUAUGAUGCAAUGAGAGUUAUUGACGCCACAAUGAUCAAUAUCCUAAAUCCGCGUGGUGUUUCGCAAGGAAAAGUUUUGCAUUAUGAAUUCGAGCUCAGGUUCUGGUGGGAUUCGUGGGGUGUCGAAUGCUGUUCCCUUCUUGAGGAUGGGCAAGCAGCAGGCCCAGCUCUAAAAGAUGCAAGGAUAGAUACUGGCCGUGGUAUGAGGGACGCUACAUAUGGAUAA